AUGGCAUCUCACGUCCAUGAGACGGCCAAUAUCUCGGUCCCGCCCCCUCAGUCAUCAUUCAGCGGCAGACUCAAUAUGGACAACUUCAGGUUCAAGGCAGAGCCGCAGUCGCCACAGUCGCCAUUGGCAGCACAAACACCACCCCGUCGAAGUACCCGUCUCUCAUCCACUCCUGUGAAAUCAGAGAGCGGAACCAGGAAGCGCAAGGCUGCCGCCCUAUCAGGCAAUGCCACCCUCGUCCCAACCCUCCCAGAUGGCUCAACCGAGGCGGAGGCAGCAGAGGCAGCCGCAGCCGACUCCUCAUCGCCCUCAUCAACACCCACGCCCGGCAACACCAAAACCACCAGGCCCAAGAAGAGGAAGAGGCCAAAAUCAGGAUACCAGCCCCCCAGCGUCUACGCCCACCUCCCACCCCUCCCCGACGCCCUGGCGCCCAACCUCCUCGCCCUCUUCUGCGGCCUGAACCCGGGCGUGCGCACCGCCCAGACCGGCCACGCCUACAACCACCCCAGCAACCUGUUCUGGAAGCUGAUGUACUCGUCCGGCGUCCUCCCCGUGCGCUGCACCGCCGAGGAGGACCGCUCCUUGCCCGAGCGGUUCAGCCUGGGCCUCACUAACAUCGUGUCCCGCCCGAGCCGCAACGGCGCCGAGCUGAGCAAGGCCGAGAUGGACGACGGCGUGGGCGCCCUGGAGGACAAGGUGCGCCGGUGGAGGCCCGAGGUUGUUGUCGUGGUGGGCAAGAGCAUCUGGGAGUCUGUGUGGCGGGUACGCCACGGGCGGGCUGUUGCGAAGCAUGAGUUCCGGUAUGGGUGGCAGGAUGAAGGGGAGAAUAUGGGCGUCGGGGAGGUGGAUGAGGCUGAGAAGAUCGACGGGGUCGAGUACCGGGACUGCUGGAGGGGUGCAAGGGUGUUUGUGUCGAGCUCUACGAGCGGGCUUGCGGCGACGCUGGGGCCGGCUGAGAAGGAGAGGAUCUGGAGGGAGCUGGGGCAGUGGGUCGAGGCGAGAAGGGCUGGGACAGACGUUCCGCCGGGCCUCGUCGAUGCUUCUGCUUGA